GAGGGGAAGAGAACGAGGUCUAAAAGCUAAGCGCUUAUGAGCGCGCGGAGAGAGGAGCGCUGAUUGAGAAAUAAAUAAGGACGUCCGUGUCAUUUGUCCUCACAGAAGAGUCGGAUCUAACUGAACAUUCCUCCUUUGCAAGCCUUCUCGCGUGCUGGACGUACAACUUCUUUCACAAACUUUCAGCCUGUCGCUUUCUUGGGUCAGUUUAUGUAUUGGUGCUUUUGUGGCUUUAAGCACAGAGUCAUAGAGCCGUGCCAGACUAUAUUUACCUUCAGUAUAAAAACAACCUGCCAAAGUGAACAACUCGGAUUUACAAAGAUCAGGCGACGCAUUUGAAGACGUUUUCACGGUCUGUCAGAUUUCUAGGUAUGUCUGUAGAAGACCAUUCAGCUCUGGACAGGUAACCAGGUGUCACUGUUGCUAUGGCAACACAGAUGGUGUCAUUGUUGCCUGCCCUCCUCACCGUCCUCCUGGCGUCCUGCACAGCAGCACAGGACCUAGACUGGCAUUUCGAAACUGCUAAGUGCCGCUAUGCUCUGGGGAUGGAGGACGGCACCAUACCCGACUCUGACAUCACUGCAUCCAGCGCCUGGUCCGACUCAACCGAAGCCAAACACGGCAGGUUGAGUAAUGGAGAGGGGGAUGGGGCUUGGUGUCCUGCUGGUCCCGUUUUCCCCAGCGGCUCUGAGUACCUGCAGGUGGACCUGCGCAAACUUCAUUUCCUGUCUCUGGUGGGCACACAGGGCCGGCAUGCAGAUGGCCUUGGCCGGGAAUUUGCACGCAGUUACCGGCUGCGUUACUCUCGGGAUGGACGACACUGGAUGACUUGGAAGGACCGCUGGGGACAGGAGGUUGUGUCAGGAAAUGAAAACACAUAUGAUAUUGUCCUCAAGGAUCUGGGUCCGCCUAUUAUAGCACGCAUGGUUCGUUUCUACCCGCUGGCGGACCGCGUGAUGAGUGUGUGUCUGAGAGUUGAACUCUACGGUUGUGUUUGGAAGGAUGGACUGGAGGCAUACACUGCUCCUGUAGGUCAUGUGAUGGGCCUGUCAGGAUCCCUUGUCAACUUUAACGACUCUGUAUAUGAUGGCAGUAAAGAGGGAGGGGUGAUAUUCGGAGGAUUGGGCCAGCUGUGUGAUGGUGUUUUAGGUGGGAAUGAUUUCAUGGAGAGUAAAGAGCUGAGAGUGUGGCCAGGAUACGAUUACGUGGGAUGGAAUCGAGAAACCUUGGGCCAACCAACUGUUGACAUCGAGUUCCACUUUGAGAAAACACGCAUCUUUCAUACCAUGCAGGUGCACAGUAAUAACAGACACACUCAGGGUGUGCGGGUGUUCAGCGAGGUGGUGUGUGAGUUUAAGGCCAGUCUGUUGAGCCCGUGGGCAGAGCCUGAGCUGAGUCUUCAAGUGUCCGAUCUGCACGACCUGUCAUCCCGCACCAUCUCACUGCCGCUUGGAGGACGGCCGGCACAGAUUCUCCGCUGCCACUUUGCUUUCGCUGACAACUGGCUCCUUAUUAGCGAGAUAAGCUUCUACUCGAUGCCAUUUGAGGAUGGAUCUGUCCUUCCUCCUCUCCCUUCCUCCAGCACUCGUCCUCUCAAUGCCACUUCUCCUUACACCCCCAGCACUGCCAAUGCAACCAGUAGCCCCACCGACCUGCUCAUGACCAAUUCUUCACUGCUGCCCAGCAGCAUGCCAACAGAGUUGUCUGGCAUCACUUUGAGGGCCGGGUUACCUGUGGCCAAAGACGACAGCAGCCACACGGCCAUCCUGAUUGGCUGUCUGGUUGGAAUUAUACUGCUCCUAUUGGCUAUUAUAGUGGUCAUACUGUGGAGACAAUACUGGAAGAAGCUACUUGGCAAGGCUCAAGGAAGCCUCUCUAGUGACGAGAUGCGAGUUCAUCUCUCAGUUCCAUCGGACAACGUGGUGAUCAACAACACUAACACACACACGUACUCCAGCCGCUACCAGCGCAUACACACCUUCCCUGAUGACAGGGACCGAGAGGGGGAAUAUCAGGAGCCCAGCACCAUACUGCGGCCCAGAGACCAGCGGGACAGCACAGCACUGCUGUUAAACAACCCAGCAUAUCAUCUCCUCCUGUCUGACCUGACACAUGGCCCCAACAGGCUGACAAACUGCCACAGCCAGCAAGAAAAGCCCCAAAACCUGUCCCAGGCAUGUGCUAUUGACAUGGUUGAUAAAGGGCUGCCCAUUCAGGAAGGACCGCCUCCUUACCCUGGAGCCCCGCCCCCGGGACUGUCAGGAGCUCAUUAUGGAGAGGCAUCAGGGGGCGGGGCGAGUGUCCCUCAUUAUGCAGAAGCUGACAUCAUCAGUCUGCAGGGCGUCAGUGGAAACAAUACAUAUGCAGUUCCUGCCCUCUCAGCCACACCCACUGAUUGCCCACCGCUGCCUGAGUUACCAAGGGAACGACUGGUAUUCAAAGAAAAGCUGGGAGAAGGGCAGUUUGGGGAGGUUCAUUUGUGUGAGAUUGAAAACCCGCAGGAUCUUGCAAACCUCGAGUUCCCAUUUAAUGUCAGGAAAGGACGCCCUCUGCUGGUGGCUGUGAAGAUUUUAAGGCCAGAUGCCUCUAAAAAUGCCAGGAAUGAUUUUCUAAAGGAGGUGAAGAUCUUAUCUCGCCUGAAGGACCCGAACAUCAUCCGUCUGCUGGGCGUGUGUGUGAGCAGCGAUCCGCUCUGUAUGGUCACUGAGUACAUGGAGAGCGGAGACCUCAAUCAGUACCUGUCCCACAGAGUGCUGCUGGACAAGAGCGGGCCGUCACAAAACACACCGACCAUCAGCUACCCAGCAUUGAUCUCAAUGGCAAGUCAGAUCGCAUCAGGAAUGAAGUUUCUGGCAUCUCUAAACUUUGUGCAUCGAGAUCUGGCUACGAGGAACUGUCUGGUUGGAGGAGAGCGGGGUGAGAGUGAGGAGCGCGGGGGAGAGAGACACAUUAAGAUAGCUGAUUUUGGCAUGAGCAGGAACCUCUAUGCUGGCGAUUACUACAGGAUACAGGGACGAGCUGUGCUGCCCAUUCGCUGGAUGGCAUGGGAGUGUAUCCUCAUGGGCAAGUUUACGACGGCGAGCGAUGUUUGGGCAUUCGGCGUGACGCUGUGGGAGAUGCUCAGUGUGUGUCAGGAGCAGCCGUACAGUCACAUGACCGACGAACAGGUCAUUGACAACGCAGGAGAGUUUUUCAGAGACCAGGGCAGACAGGUGUAUCUGUCUCGCCCGGCCGUGUGUCCGCAGGGUUUGUAUGAGCUCAUGCUGAGCUGCUGGAACAGAGACUGUAAACUACGGCCCUCCUUUGCCUACAUUCACUCCUUCCUCACCGAAGACGCCAUGAACAUGGUUUAGAGAGCGGCAAAGAAGAUGAAUGUGUGGACCACGCACAGACUGGUGGUGUGUUUCUCAGCAGACACUGCUAAGCACUCUUAUGGCUCUUAUUCAGUUGGUCGGGGCGAGUAAAAGCCGCAGGUUCGGUGCCCUUAAAUGACCCACUUCUCACCCCUUUAUCCUGAAAUCAUGAACUCCUCAAGCAACAUUUUCUCCCCAAAUCAUUUUUAGGUUUCGGAAUCUUCCAGAAUUCACCAGAGAGAUGGCCAGGUCACUCUUUUCUUACUAUAAUAUUACUCUGGAAAAUCCUUUCAGCACGAAACGAAAGCUGCGAUAGUCUUUUUUUCUACAUUGUGAUAAAUAUCUAAGAGAAGCAGCUUCUUGAAUGAUCUAACAUGAAGGAAGGGGCUUUCUUGUUAGUUGUGAAACAUUUGAAUCGAUAUAAUUAGCUGUUGUUGUGAUGUCAUGCUAGUGACAGGUUUUUAAUAGAUGCAUCAUCAGUCAAGAGACAAGAUGUCCUUUUAAAGGGAUUUCCUGACCAUUGACUCACACUCUAGUGGUUUUAAAGUUUUAUGAAUUAUUCACCAAUGUGCAGCUCCACAAGUCCCAAACCAAGCAAGCCAGUGGCGACAGUGGUGAGAUACAAACUUAAUUGACAAAAGUGAAGGAAAAAAAAAAAACAAAUCAAGAAAACCAGGCUCAGUUGGGCGCGCAAGUUCUCCUCUGGUCAAGCGUCUUGUGCAGAACUGCAGUCUAGGUACUGGAGGCUUGAGAAUGAUGGACGUCCAUUGGACAGAAUUUGCUGGUCUGAACAGGUCACGGACAGGUGUUCAGGCAAGCCAGGUGAUCAAUGGGAGACUUUUAGAGGUGCAAAACAGCACUUUUCUUUCAAGCCAGAACUGGGAGGCAAUAAUACCAAGCCACUUUGAUGACUUCGACUUUAGUUGAUGCAUUUUAGAUUGAACAAAACCACUUUUCAGACCAUCGGUUCGCUGGUUUGUUCAUUAAUGCGCCACAUCAAGCUACGCAAAUCGUUUUAUGCCAGCACAUUUUCAACAUUAAUGCAUUGCUCCAUGUUGCCAUGAAGUAUUUUUAUGCAAUAAUGCAAAAUGCGUUUAAAAAUAGGUGGAUGGAAACAUGGUAAUAAUGUAGUAGUAAUUUUCUUUCGUAUUUUUGGGUGACCUGUCUCUUUAAGAACCCAAGGAUGAAAGCUCUCCGUAAAUGUUUCCUGAUGUGAACAUCUUGUGUGCUUCCCUGAGGAAUAAUCUGGAAAUUGAUUUGGGGAUAAAAUGUUGCUUUAAAUCCCGGUCCUCUUACCUGCAUUAGAGCAGUCUCUUCAUUCCCUGAACACUGAAUAUUUCUCCAAUGUAUUCAUAGGAACUGGUGGAGGGUUUUGUAGAUGGGCAACACAGAAAAAAAACACUGCUCUGCAAACUGUACAUUUACUCUCUACAGCAGGGGUCACCAAUCUCGGUCCUGGAGGGCCGGUGUCCUUGCAGGGUUUAGCUCCAACUUGCCUCAACACACCUGGCUGGGUGUUUCAAGUAUACCUAGUAAGACCUUGAUUAGCUCGUUCAGGUGUGUUUGAUUAGGGUUGGAGCUAAAAUCUGCAGGACACCGGCCCUCCAGGAACAAGUUUGGUGACCCCUGCUCUACAGCAAUGGUCUCAAACUCAAUUCCUGGAGGGCCACAGCUCUGCAGAGUUUAGCUCCAACUCACACCUGCUUAAUAGUCUCUAGUAGUCUUGAACACCUUGAUUAGUUGGCUCAGCUGUGUUUGAUUAGGGUUGUGCAGAGCUGCGGCUCUCCAGGAAUCCAGUUUGAGACCUAUGCUCUACAGACAUCAGUCAAUCACUUAUUAAGUAUCCGUAUCAGAAUAGACUAAAACAGAAAUAUUGAAAAUGACUUUUCUGCUUGUGUAUCAAGUAAUAAUAGCGAGUAACGGUUAAUUCAGUCUAACUUUGCUAGCUUUAGAGGUCAUGUAGAGAAACGUAGGAUGUGUCGGUCAGCUUUUCAUGUCUUUUCUGUGGUGGAGGGUAAUUCAUCAUUAAGAAAUGCUUACAGGUCUCUAAACAUUCACACCGAGUGUGACAUCAAUGUAAUUUUACCAUUUUUUACACCGUUUAAAAAUGACAAUGUUGUCGAAUUGGAGAAUGGCGCCCUGUCUUUCCGCACAUGAAGUGUCUCUUAAGGCCUGUUCACACCAAGGAUGAUAGCUAUCAGGUUUUCAUUCAGAUUUACUAAGAACUGUAAUCCACACCAAAAGCGUAACAAUGAAGACACUCAUAGAUGCUAACGAUCACAUUAUAUUGCAGCUGUUUAUGAAAACCAGAAACGUUUUUCAUCUUCGACAUCUUAGUUACAUCUUCAUUUCAUCUUAGUUACAAUUUUUUGAGAGCUCCUACUAUUGUGGAUUCAUUCAUUCAUUUUCCUUUGGCCUGAUUAUCAAGUGUCGCCACAGUGGAAUGAACCAGCAAUUAUUCCGGCAUAUGUUUUAUGGAGUGGAUGCCCUUCCAGCCGCAACCCAGUACUGGGAAACACCCAUACACUCAUUCACACACUACGGCCAAUUUUAGUUUAUCCAAUUCACUCAUAGCGCAUAUCUUUGGACUGUGGGGGAAACCGGAGCAAACGGAGGAAACCCACAUGAACACGGGGAGAACAUGCAAACUCCACACAGAAAUGCCAACUGGUCCAGCCAGGACUCGAACAAGCAACCUUCUUGCUGUGAGGCGACAGUGCUAACCACUGAGCUGCCGUGCCACCCCUGAAUUUAUUCAGGCACAUUAAAAAAAAACAUAAUUCUGAGUAAACGAAUCCUCUUUAAAGCUGUCAUCCAUUGGUGUGAAGUGCAGUAUAGUAAUAUAGUCUUGUUGUGAUCAGGCCUUAAGUGCGACUCUGAGUUCUGGCGUCGGUGGAUGGCAUUGAAAAUUGCAGAUUUUAUUAUCGUUUUAUAUAAUUGACCUGUCAUAACGUGGUCUGUCUUGAACACAGAUCCUGAACUUGAUGGCACCAGUAUGUUCUGGACUCGUGGAAUUUAAAGACACUUUGUUUGGAUGGGGAUGUAUGGUAAGGUUGUACCAAUGCACUACUUGAAAGGACUCGAUGUGAGCCUGGAUUUGUCUGAAAUUGAAACUUGUGGGUUUUGAAAGUAUAUAGAGAGAAUGAAAACAGAAUGGCAUCAGAAAUGUACAUUUAUAUCAGUAAGAGUGUUUAUAAAGAAGCAAAAUAUUCAAAGCAUUUGUCCUGAAUUUACCAUGUAAACCAGUGGGACACUUGCAGAAAACGCUAUCAAAGCUUCAGUACGGCGUUGUAUUUAAUCUGAGGGCUGUAUUCGGCAACUGCAGACUGGACUUUUUUUAGAACCGGUGCAGUGACGCAUCUCAUUUAAGAUGAAACUGCGUGUGUUUGGAGUUGGAAAGCAGCACAAUUAACCUUUACUGUUAUUUCCACAGGAGAAUGUGAUUCCCUUAUGGUUCUAAUGCCAUGCCGAUUGUGCUUCUGUUUUUUGGUACACCGAGGCCCUGAGCUUUUAUUGUAUUUUUCUAAAUAUAUUUGGGCACAUUCUGUCCUCAGCUAUUCAUCUUUCAUAACUAAGGAAAAAUGUAAAUAAUUGAUGGGACAUAGUUUUCUUCAUUAAUAUUGCUGUCUGUCUGUAAUUAAUCGGGUCUGUCUCCGCCUGUGUUAGUCAGUGUUAUUGCCUGUGUUGUCUAUUUUUGUAGGUGUUUUAAUAAAGUAACCUUUUCAAAUAAAA